CUGCAAAGUCGCUGUGAAGAAGAGCUGAAUCAGGGCAGUCUUCAAUGAUUCAGUAUGAAACAAGACAUUAAGUACUAUGGGUUGAGGAACCAAGGAGCAACAUGCUACCUGAACAGUAUUCUGCAGGUUCUGUUUAUGACCAAGGAGUUCAGAGAGGCUGUAGAAAGAUGUCCUAUAGACCAUAAAGAUCGCAUUGAUGUUCAACUGCAUAGUUUGUUUGAAAGUUUAAAGGAAAGAACAUCAGAAACCAGAGACGUAACAAGAAAGCUGGGGAUAGAAAGAGUUUAUGAACAGUAUGAUUCUGGUCAGUACUUUGAGAAGAUUUUAUCUAUGGUCAGUGAUGAAGCAUCAAAGGUAUUUAAAGGAAACCUGACCCACAGGACUGUUUGUGGUGGAUGUUCUGCACAUACUGAAGAAGAUGUGCCAUUUUGGUAUCUUUCUCUUCCACUGAUGGAUUCUAGUGAUAAAAACUACAGCGUGGAGGACGCCAUCGAGGAGUUCUUAAAGGAUUCAGAGUUUAAUGGAGAUGACCAGCUGUACUGUGAUGAGUGUGAAGAAAAACAUGACACUACUGUUAAAUACAAACUAAAGCAUAAUCCAGAGGUUUUGAUGCUGCUGCUGAAGAGAUUUGUAUACCAACGCCGAUCCUACAUUAAAGACAGCCAUGCUGUGGAUGUUUACUACACUAUCAACGUACCUGAGAAUCAGACAUAUGAACUGUACGCGUUGGUGGAACACUUUGGGACUCUGAAAGGUGGACAUUAUACAGCAAGAAUCAAACCUCAGGAUGAAGAAGGAUGGUUUGAGUUCAAUGAUUCCUCUGUUACAAUGAUGUCCCAACAAGAGACAUUCGAGAGAUCCCAGAGUGCAUAUCUUCUGUUUUACAGGAAGAAAAGCAAGAAGAAAACAGGCUUCCUAUCAUUUAAUACAGGAUUUAUUUCACGUUGGUUUUCUAAAGUAAAUUUCUUAUGGUUCUCAUUUGUUAUUGUAUCUGGAUGUGCCUUGGUGUUUUUAAUCAAACGGAGAAAUAAUUUUUUGCACUUUGUCUAUGCAAGCGACACAGUUAGUUUUAGACUUUAUUUUAAUAGGUUGUUUGCUUUUCCUUUUCUUGGUCACCUUCCUCACUUUAACUGAUCUGAUGCUUCCAUAUGUCCACACAGUUCACCUGAUAAUCCACAUCAUGUUCUUGUGUCACUCAUCAGCCCUCCCGGUAGUUAAAUAAUACAAUUUUUUCCCCCUCUGUGACAGACGAUUUCAUUCAUCUAUGACUGCUCUCCAAGUUCUGCUGGUCAGUUUCUAUCACAGUUCUCUAAAUACUUACGUUUUUUAAGCUCUUUUAUUAACACAUUCAUUCAGCAUCCACUCUGUCUGGAAUAUCUGCCUGCCUUUUAAGACUAAAUUGUUUUCCAAAAUAUAAAAAUAGAAAGUAAAAGAUGACAUAUUAUCAAACAAAGAUUAUUUUAAUUACAGAGAUAAAAAACGAAAAAACUAACUUAUAAUCUAUUUAUUGAAAAUAUUACUUUGCCUGAGAGGCCUGCAGAGUUGAUUUAGAGAAUCAUUUAUAAUGAAUCUAAUGGACAGGCAUCACCUGAGCACAAAUCUGUUUAAAGCUUAAACAUUUUA